AUGGACGGUUUCCUACCCCACGAAAUUCUGACCACGAUUACAGAUGAGUUUUCGGACAAGAGCGCUACUCUCUACUCAUGCAUUUUGAUCAAUAAAGACUGGUACAAUGCUGCUAUUCAGCACCUGUG